UGUAUCUCCUGCUAUCUAUUUAUUUAAUAUCUAUUUAAACGCACGUUGAUCACCGCAUUCUCUAUAUAUACGCAUAACCAGAUGGAAUGAUGCGUCAAGAAGACUCUGAUAGCUCAUAGAGUAUAGGGAAUGCGUCGCUACUCUGGCCUCUACUUGGCCCUCAGUGGUUGGACAGUUGUUUCUGCGCUCGCUAACUGCGCAGUCUCACCGACUCAUCCAAAUCUCUCUGCUUGUGCUCUCGAACCUCUCACGUUCUCCUGCGAAAACACGACUGCGAUCAAGAACACAUGUUGCACGCCCACUCCAGGAGGACUUGUGCUGCAAACACAGUUUUGGAGCACCUUCACCGGGAGGGAGGAUGCAGGACAGAAGUUACCGAAAGGUAGUUGGACUAUUCAUGGCUUGUGGCCGGAUAACUGCGACGGGUCUUUCGAGCAAUACUGUGAUCCUUCCAGACAAUACGAUCCUGCACCAUCCCCACAAGCCUUCCCCAAUGGCACGGAAAUACCUGCAUAUAGGGGUCCAGGAAUUGACACGUUCAUUGAGAAAUUUAAACGCUAUGAUCUACUUGAUUAUAUGAACAAGUACUGGAUCGCCCAAUCGAUGGAUAAUGCCAUUUUUUGGGCACACGAGUAUUCCAAACACGCCACCUGCACGUCUACGUUUGAUAUUCAAUGCUAUGGGGAUUCAUACGAGGACAAAAUGGAAGUCGUGGACUUCUUCCACACUGCUACGAGGGUGUUCCAACAGUACCCUACAUUCGACAUUCUCGCUGCUAACGGAAUCAUGCCAUCUAACAAAACGGGUUACCCGCUGCAUUCCAUUCAGAAUGCCCUCCGGACGCAGACCGGGGCUACACCAUACCUUGGAUGCCUCAACCGCACUAUCCUGACAGAAGUGUGGUACUUUAGUCAUGUCUUAGGGACGGUGAGUUCAUUUUCUGUGCGGAUGUCUUAACAUGUUCGACCCCCGCUGGUGUUUAGGAGCAAUUUGGUACCUACAAGACUCUUGACACGACCACCAACUCGACUUGCGCUACCAAUGAAACAAUCUGGUACUAUGAGCGAACUCCUUCCGCAGAACAUGAAGUGCGGAAAAUCAAAUGGUAGGCUCAAGAUACGUAUGGUCACGCAAAUCUAGUAUGAUUAUUCGUAUUGCAAGUUGAAUGAACUGUUGCUUGGAAGGUGUUCGGACUGUGCUGCUCGAAAGUGCGAAUACAGUAAGGAGAACAGAGUUCACUCCAAUGGAGUAUCAUCAUUAUCAUCGUCAAUUACAUAAUAUUACGUUUACUGAUCCAGUAACUUGUUACUACAGUACCUGUGUAUAUCGGGCUGAUUCUGACCCGCGGGAGAUUGUUGGCCG